UUUUGCGCCAGACAAGUGCAGGGACAGUCUCUCACUCUGCACCCGAGCGGGCGAAAACACACGGCUCCAGGAAUUACUGAGGUGUUUUAUUUUUUUUAUUUUUUUGUUGUCGUUGUUGAAGAAGACUCAUCUUCAACCCCCCCCACCCCCCCUUCAACACGCGGCUUUGCAAAGAUGAACGUUGGCUGCGUCAUCCUCGCGUGCACCUUACUCGUGGGCGCAUCCUCGGGGAAUAAGGCAGGCCAGCCACUCAAACCCCCGUGCAGGCCAGGCUUCUCCCAGAACUUCUACACCGUGAUCGUCUCGAGGGACGUGCUGCACGGCCAGGGCAUCCUCAAAGAUACCACCCUUUCGAGUGAACGUGUGAGGUUCGAGGAUUGCCAGCGCAGCAGAGAGGUGGGCUUCGUCAGCAGCGACCCCAAUUUCAGCGUGGGACCCGAUGGGACGGUGUAUGCAGAGCAGGAAGUGGCCAACCUGUCAGAGCCCGUCCAGUUCAUGGUGACGGCCCGAGCGCUCCAUGACCCACACAUCUGGGAGACCACCGUCAAGCUGGCCUUGGCUGGACACCCCCAUCCUUUACCACUUACAAAGGUUGGCAUUGAAGAAAUGUUCUCCAGAGUCUGGGAAUCCCAGCCCAGAGUGAUCAAGUUUCCUCGAAGACAUCAGAGAGGCUCCUCUGCCACCGCUCUGAGGCGACAGAAGAGGGACUGGGUCAUCCCGCCCAUCAAUGUGCCAGAAAACUCCAGAGGCCCCUUCCCUCACAUGCUUGUCAGAAUCCGCUCGGAUCAGGAUAAGGAUGUCGGCAUCCGCUACAGCAUCACGGGAGCCGGCGCCGAUCAGCCCCCGAGUGGCAUCUACAACAUAGAUCCCAUCAGUGGAAACAUGUUUGUCACCCAACCCCUGGACCGCGAGGAGAGAGCCUCCUUCCACCUGCGAGCCCAUGCGGUGGACAUGAACGGCAACCAGGUGGAGAAUCCGAUCGAUCUGUACAUCUACGUGAUCGACAUGAACGACAACAGGCCGGAGUUUCAGAACCAGGUGUACAAUGGCUCUGUGCCCGAAGGGUCCAAACCAGGCUCGUCUGUGAUGCAGGUCACGGCCACUGACUCGGACGACUCCACCACAGCGAACGGCAUGGUCCGCUACCGCAUCCUCUCUCAGUCUCCUCACAGCCCCAUCCCCAACAUGUUUACCAUCAACAGCGAGACCGGCGACAUAGUGACAGUGGCGGCCGGCCUGGACAGAGAGAAAGUGUCCCAGUACACCAUCAUUGUCCAGGCCACAGACAUGGAGGGCAACUUGAACUUUGGCUUGUCCAACACAGCCACAGCCCUGAUCUCCAUCACUGACAUCAAUGAUAAUCCCCCAGAACUGACAGUCAGGACGUUUUCUGGAGAGGUGCCCGAGAACAAGGUGAAUGUGGUGGUGACCAACCUGACGGUGGUGGACAGAGAUCAGCCCCACAGCCCCAACUGGAACGCCGUCUACCGCAUCGUCAGCGGAGACCCCUCCGGGCACUUCACCAUCCGCACCAACCCCCUCACCAACGAGGGCAUGCUGACGGUGGUCAAGCCGGUGGAUUUCGAAAUGAACCGCGCCUUUAUGCUGACGGUGAUGGUAUCCAACCAGGCCCACCUGGCCAGCGGCAUUCAGUCGUCCCUCCAGUCCACGGCGGGGGUCACCAUCUCGGUUCAGGACGUGAACGAGCCUCCCGUCUUCCCAAUCAACCCCAAGAUGAUCCGCUUUGAGGAGGGUGUGCCGGCAGGGACCACUCUCACAGUGUUUUCUGCCCAAGACCCUGACCACUUCAUCCACCAGACCGUCAGGUACUCCAAGCUGUCGGACCCCGCGAACUGGCUGAAGAUCAACAGGACCAACGGUCAGAUCACCACCAUGGCCCUGCUCGACCGCGAGUCCAUGUACGUCAAAAACAACGUGUACGAGGCCACGUUCCUGGCCUUCGACAAUGGUAAGUCUGGCUCGCCUCAAGCCAGCGGGACCGGAACCCUCCAGAUCUACCUGAUCGACGUGAACGACAACGCGCCCGUGCUGAUUCCGCGGGAGGCCCAGGUGUGCGAGCGCGCGCGGCCCAACUCCAGGGUCAACAUCACGGCAGCGGACGCUGACGCCGACCCCAACGUGGGGCCCUUUGUCUUCGAGCUGCCUUCCUUUCCCGCCAGCGUUCGCCGCAACUGGACCAUUUCCAGGCUGAGUGGUGACUAUGCUCAGCUCAGGCUGAGGAUUUCUUACCUGGAGGCAGGCGUGUACGAGAUCCCCAUCAUCGUGUCCGACUCGGGGAACCCUCCUCUGUCCAACCGCUCCAUGAUCAGAGUCAAAGUGUGUCCCUGCGACGAUAACGGGGACUGCAGUGCCACGGGGGCCGUGGCAGCCGCCGGACUGGGCACCGGUGCCAUCAUCGCUAUACUCAUCUGCAUCAUCAUACUGCUCAGCAUGGUUCUGCUGUUCGUGGUGUGGAUGAAGCGCAGAGAGAAGGAGCGGCAGGCCAAGCCCCUGUUGAUCGACCCUGAGGAUGACGUCAGGGACAACAUCCUCAAGUACGAUGAGGAGGGAGGAGGAGAGGAGGACCAGGACUACGACCUGAGCCAGCUGCAGCAGCCCGAGUCUCUGGACCACAUCAUCAACAAGCCGGCGGGAGUGCGUAGGGUGGACGAGAGGCCUGUGAUCACUGAGUCGCAGUACCCCGUCAGACCCAGCCUGCCCCACCCCGGAGACAUAGGAGACUUCAUCAAUGAUGGUCUGAGGGCAGCCGACAACGACCCCACGGCUCCUCCCUACGACUCCCUGCUGGUGUUCGACUACGAGGGCAGCGGUUCCACCGCUGGCUCCGUCAGCUCGCUCAACUCCACCAGCUCAGGGGACCAGGACUACGACUACCUCAACGACUGGGGUCCUCGCUUCAAGAAGCUGGCCGACCUCUACGGCGGAGGCGACGAUGACUGAGGGCGGAGCAGGGGGCUGGGCGGGGGGUCGGGAGAGGCGGGGCGGGACGGACGGAUGCUCCCGAAAAAAAACCACGGGCAGGGGCCGAGAACAUGUGACGCAGGCUCCGUGGCAGAGAUGUGAGGAACGGACCCUUACACGGGCCGUGUUCGUUCGCUCGCAACAGCCAAGCCCGCAAACAUGAGUUCCGCUGCACCGCAACUGUAUUCUGGCUUUAUAUUUUCUAGUGCCGAGUUUGUAGUGUGGUGUAUUUUUCGUUCUUUUUUUUUCUUUUUGUAGUUCUCUCAGCUUGCUGGACCCGGAGCUUUCUUUGGGGGGCAAAUCAAAUCGGCCGUGAGGAACACAAGUAGUGAAUUUGUGCUUUGAUUGAUUGUUAAAAUGAAAAUCAUCUCUUGCUUUAGUCUCACACUGAAGAGAAUGUUUUAUUUGGGAAGACGCUCUCCGGCUCCCUCUUUCACUCUGUCAACUUGAAUAUCCUUAGAACAGAAGCACUGUCAUUUUAUAAAGUGCCUUUUGUGGUGUGUUUUUGUAUCAGACUCCUGCUAUCUCAGGAUCGGUUGCCAGUUGUGCGGCACAGUGGAGGCACGUUCGCUCGUCGCCCACCUGCGCUCCUCAAACCAGCCCUGCCUGUCACCCCACCCCCACCCCCACCCCUCAGCGGUGCAGAUGAACAACCCCAGCUGCCGGUCUCAGGAGGGGAGGACACGACCGGGGCAGACUCUCGUACAUCAUCACCCAAUGAAAAGAAGCCAAUCCGAGUUGUUUUGGGUGAGGACAACCCUCUCCUCCACGGACCUGCUCAGUUUGACUUUCACAAGCAUCAUGUCGACACAACUACAGCAGCACGCUGACAUUGCGUGAGACCAUUUUUAUACACGUGGGGGUUUUCUAAUUUGGUGGAGAAUGCCUGCCUUUUUCCUCUGUGGACUCACGGGUUCAGGAGCCUUUGUGUUGAGCUGCUUGCCUGCCCUGUAUGGUUUUGUGUUGCUUUCUCCACAGUGUAGAGCUUAUGUAGGCAUGAUCUGAUUAGUCAGACUGUGUAAGAAAGUGGAACUGGAAAUGACAAGGUACAAAGGCAUCCGAAGAUUUUUGGUUUUGUUUCGUUUUUUGUCGCCUUGAACAUUCCCGUUUUGUUUUUUUUAUAUAAGGCCAACAGAACUAUUAAAAAGGUGCAUGGUUUAGUUUUGCUUUUUCAAAAUGUUUUACUCAAAGCACUUGUUACUAUGUGGUGAGAAUGUGAAAAUAGUCAGCAGAAAACUAUGCUAAUAUACUCUGUAAAAAGACACCGAGAAAAUAAAAAUACUGUAAGAUACCUAUUUUUGAAGUGUUGAUGACAUAAAAGUUGCUGCUCUUUUCUUCUCCAGCUCUUCGUCGGGCGCGGGGGAUUUUUGGCCGGUUCGUCAUUGAUGUGUGGAUAUUUUCUUUCGUCGCCUUUCUGUUGAAGCAUCGUUGCAUUUUUUUCAAGAUGCCUGCUUAUAUAGUUGUGUCCAUUUUGCCUUUUUUUUUCACUUUAAUAAAUGCUUUGUUACACGCCUUUUAUACAUACACACACACACACACACACACACAUAUACAUAUAUAUAUAUAUAUAUAAAACACAGCCUUCCCCUCUCACUCUGUUGUGUCUCAGACAGACGUGCCCGUCCCGUCGCCCUCUGGCCUCGGGACAGUGGAAGGCCCAUUAGCCAUGCCUGCUGAUAGCUGUUCUAUUAUUCAGUGUAUUGGAAUUCUUUUUACUCAUUCAUCUAGAUACUGGAUGUGUCCUUUAGAAAAUAAACAAGACAUGUUUUGAAAAAUGUGCCAUGCUCUUUCGGAAUAUUCCCUGUACCUGCAUCGGGACCGGCUGUUUGGAGGUCCAGUGUGUGUAGGAUUCAGGGGGCUCCAUCAGAAACAGAGAGUUGUUGUGUUUUUGUUGUCCUGGGAGAAUGUCCUUUAGCUACAGUGGACCAGAACGGACAAAACCCCCCAACACACCUGAGGGUCACUGUGGGUUCUCCGACGUUCUUGGAGAGGGUAUCUUAGACUCAAAAGCCACUGUGAGUUGGAUUUAAACCUCUCUCAUAUUUGCACACCAAAGUGGUCCACGUGGGAAGUAAUACUGGUGAUGAGACCACAUCAUUGUCACCAAGGUUAUCUCCUUGAUUCGGUCAGUCGGAAUGAUUUGAAACAGGCCAAAGUCCACAUAUACAUUCGACACACAGUGGCUUUAUGUCCGCUGCUUUUCCAUCUUUAUUUGUUCAUGAGGUGAUCGGCUUGUAUCUGCACAGGUACAGAAUCAUUGCACCUUAUUUUUUCUUUUCACAGUGGAAUUCAGUGUUUUUGAGAGUUCCUAAGAGUCACGGAGACGAACAGGCUGCCUUCGGAUUUACACCGUUAAUCUCUGACCCUAUUGUUUGGCCGUGGCUUCCUUUCCUGAUGAAACCCCUGCUAUCCGUCCUUUCGCCGCAUCUCAGCCCGAGCAGCUGAGUGUAUGGGUUUAUGGGGGUCAGGAAGUGUAUUUGUGUCCAAUCCUGCGAUUUCAAUUAGUCAGCUGAAGUGCCAACCCCCCCCCCCCCCCUCCCCGCUGGGGACCUAAAGGGUGAUAAUCCUCUCCGGCUGUGUGUCUAUCAAUUAGCCACACCAUUAAUCCCCACGGCGUAAUCUCAUUAGAUGGAGCGCCUUUAAUGAGACACCCAGAGAGAAAGCAGAGAGGCAGGCGGUAAGGGAGAGGGUGAAAAAUGAGGCAGUGGCGAGACGCAGGUAGGCCGUGUGGAGAGGUGAUUAGUAGGAUGGAAGAGAGGGUCAGCAGAGCGAGGGGGCUCCAAGCACAGCGGGACAACGCAUAACAUUCAGAAAAUUGUCUCUUUUUUGGGGGGUGGGGGGUGGGAAAGGGUUGCAUAUGAGUCACACUUCAUCUUGUGUUGUUCACAAUGGUCAGAAAUCAGAGGAGUGGGUAUGAAGGAGACAGGUGGAGGAGCCGACUGGACUAGUAAACAGGGCCGUGCUUGGAUUCCCCAGUUCAUUUACGCAGACGCGUCAUGAGAAUAAUCCGCUUUGACCCCUUCCAUGACCGCGGGGGGCCCCUGCGGAACCGUGGACCCCCGCGUUAGUGAGAGCGUCGUCAGAGGUGCACUCCCCUGCCCGGGAUUUGAGAAAAGAAAGGAAAAAAAAAGUCAUCUUGGUCACGGCCAGUCGGCAGAUUGAGAUUAACUUCGGGGAAGGUCUCUUUGAUGGGUUUAGCUGGAGUUCACUUGGUUUCCCCCGUGGCAGAGAGUCCGAGUGGAAGAAGGAAAAGCCGACUCCACUUGCCUCGCUGAUAAAUGGCGCGUGUAGGCCGAGAGCUCUGCUGCUGGCUCGCAGCCAGCGCCUUGUGUGUUGUAAAUAAAGUUCUCCUCUUCAAACAUG